AUGGCUGAUGUACGCAAAUCUAUAAGCAAUGGAAAUGAUUAUUUAUUACACACGUUACAAAAUGGUAUGAAAUGUUUGUUGAUCGGCCAGCCGAAAAUUGACCGUAAAACAGAAACGCACGAGACCACGCUUAAAACAUCUCCUAAUUGUUCGAAUGAGUAUGAUAAUGAAAUGACUGAUGGUUCAUCCAAUAGUUGUUCAGACCAAGAAGAACUAAAAACUAGAAGUAACAUAUUUGCGAUGGCCUUAAGUGUUAGUGUAGGUAGUUUUAACGAUCCUAUUGAGGCUCAAGGAUUGGCACAUUUAUUGGAACACGUGAUACCAAAGGGCAGUGAACGAUACCCAGCAGAAAAUCAUUUGGAUAAAUUAAUAAAAAGAAAAUCUGGUUAUUUAAAUGCUGGAACCGGGUAUGAAUGCACAAUUUUUUACUUUGAAGUACCAAUAGAAUAUUAUCGGGAAGCAGUUGAUAUAUUUGCUAGUAUGUUUCAAGCGCCUAAAUUAGCCAAAGAAUCAAUUGAUAAGGAAAAAGAAGUAGUGGAUUCCGAAUUUCAGAUGGUGAUUACAAAUGACGAUAUUCGUUUGCAAAGGUUUGUACAAUUUAUUAUACUGCUUAAUCAAAUGAAAUACAAUUCAUAACUUUUUAUUUUUAAAUUAGAUUACUGUCAUUAUGUGCCUCUGAUAAUUGUCCUAUCAAAAAAUUUAUCUGUGGUAAUUUAAAAAGUCUGAGCCAUGGAAAUUUGGAUAAAAUAAUCUUGGAUUUUUGGAAAAACCACUACUCAGCUAGCCGUAUGUUUUUAACAGUGGUGAGUGAACAAUUACCACAUGAAAUAGUAGAAUUGAUUGAUGAUUUAUUUAGUAAAAUACCUACUGACAAUCUUCCAAAACCAGAAAUGACAUUUUGUAAGGUACCAUUCAACUUAAAGGCGUUUCAUAAAAUCUACAAAAUAGUAUCCGAAGGUUCUAUUAACAAAAUAAGUAUUUCUUGGUAUCUGCCACCAGUUCUUAAACUGUACAAGUAUAAACCUUUGAAAUACAUCACUUGGUUAAUAGGACAUGAAGGUAAAGGGAGUUUGAUUAAUUAUUUGAGAAAGUUAUAUUAUGCAAUGAAAUUAUAUGCUGGAGUAGAUAAUGAUUUUUUUAGUAAUAGUAUUUAUAGUUUAUUUUCUAUAACUAUUGAACUAACUGAUUUAGGUUUAGAAAAUGUAGAUAUGGUUAUUGAACUCACUUUUAGUUAUUUGGCUUUAAUCAGACAACAAGGGAUAAGUGAAAAUAUUUUUAAACAAAUUCAAACUUUAGCUGAAAAUAAAUUUAAUUUGUCUGAAAUUAAAAGUGCCAGUAACCAUGUAAUAGAACUUUCCUUAAAUAUGAUGAAUUAUGAUAAGGAAGAUUAUUUAUGUGGUCCAAUAUUAUUUUUUGAAUAUUCAUCAAAACCAAUUGAAAUAUAUUUAAAAUUGAUGUCAGUAAAUCGGGUAGCUUUAUUCAUAUUUUCAAAAAAUUAUGAUCCCUCUAAAAUUUUUUUAAUAGACGAAAUUUUUGGGACAAAUUAUUUAAAUGAAAAUUUUCAAGAAGAAUUAGAAAAUAAAUGGUCAAAUGUAAAACCACAUCCCUUUUUUAAAAUCCCAAGUGAUAAUCCAUAUAUAACUACAGAUUUUUCUAUUUUACCCCAAAGUACAUAUAUAAAAUAUCCACAAAAAAUAUUGGAAAACGAACAUAUUGAAAUAUGGCACGAACAAAACAGUUAUUUCAAACUUCCCAAAGGCUUUAUCAUGUUAAAUUUUAUUACCCUAAUGCCUUCAAAAUCAUUGGAAAAUAAUGUACAUUUAGAUUUGUUUGUAGAUACUAUUGUAUUUUUAUUAAUUGAAGAUACAUAUCCAGCAAAGUUGGCCGAACUCAAUUAUAGUAUCCAAGUAUGUAUACAUAGAUUUGAAUUGGCAUUUGUUGGUUUUAAUGAGAAAUUACCUCUACUCAUAGACAUUGUAUUAAAUUGUAUAAAGAACUAUAAGAACUUGAUAACUGAGGAAAUAUUUAAUAUGGUAAAGUCUCAAGCCAUCAAUAAACUAAAAAUUAAACAAUGUAAUUUAGAUUAUAUUGUAUCUGAUUUAACAAAUAGUUUAAUUCUAGAACCCGAGUGGUACUUAGACAACAAAUUAUGUUAUUUAGAAAAAUUAGAAUAUUCACAACUUCUUACAUUUUAUGAACAAUUAUUAAGCAAUUUAUAUUGUCAAGCAUUGAUACAAGGAAAUAUAAAUCAANCCAAGGAGAUUGUCGAGUAAAACUAACAAACUACAAUAGAAUCGAUAAUAAUUCUAUGGCUUAUACAUAUUAUCAAUUUGACAAAUGUGAGAUAACCGAAUCUGUGAAGUACUAUGUUCUACAAUCAAUAAUGGAAGAAUCUGCAUUUGAUGAACUUCGCACAAAACAAUGUCUUGGUUAUGAUAUACAAUUAAAUGUAACAAGCAUUUACCAGUAUUAUGGUUUCUACUUUCAAGUGACACAUCAAAGAAAUAAAUUUGAAACACAGUAUGUUUUUAGUAGAAUGAAUGAAUUUUUAAAAAAAUUCUGGGAAAAAUUUAACAAUCCAGAAGAAGUUUAUGUAGUUAGAGAUGCACUAAUUGCAUCUAAAUCGUUUAAUGAAUGUUUGGAACAAAAAUUUAACAGAAAUAAAUAUGAAAUUCUGCAAAAUCAGUUUAAGUUUAAUAGAUUAGAACUAGAAAUAGAAGCACUGAAGAACUUAACAUUUGAAGAUGUUGCAAAUUUAAAACACGGUUUUCUUUCUGGCAAUACACUAAGUGUUGAAGUUAUUGGUAAUAGUACAACAGUGAAUCACCCACCCAUCAAGAAAUUUUGUCUUGAGGAAAAUAAAAAUUAUACUUAUAUUACAGAUUUAAAUGGAUUUAAAAAUAGUUUAAAUUCCUAUUAA